CUCAAUAAAAUAAACAAGUCGAGAAAGAAUGGCGGCUGUUAGAGUGCAAUCCCUGGCGGGAAGUGGGAUUGCGAGCAUACCAGCUGAGUUCAUAAGGCCACUACACAAGAGGCCCGGGGCCAACACAGACGGCCCUUCUGUGCAGGUUCCACUCAUAGAUAUUGCCAAUAUAAGUGGCCCUGCACACCAGGGCCUCCGGGAAAAGACCAUAGCAGACAUUGGAAGUGCUGCUAGUGAAUGGGGUCUUUUUCAGGUGGUGAAUCAUGGAAUUUCUGAAGAACUCAUCCAACGUCUGGAAGGCGUUGGGAAGGAGUUCUUUGAUCUUCCACAAGAAGAGAAGGAGAAGUAUUCUAAUAAUGUGGCAGCGGGUAUUUUGGAGGGCUAUGGCACCAAGCUGGCCCAUAAUAUUGAUGGAAAGCUGGAGUGGAUUGACUACUUUUUCCAUAUUUUGUGGCCUCCUUCAAAGCGUGACUUCGAAACCUGGCCUCACCAUCCUCCUUCUUAUAUAGAGGUGAAUGAUGAAUAUGCUAAAGCACUUUUGGAAGUGGUGAAUAAGUUGCUUUCAGCCUUGUCUGUCUAUCUUGGUGUGGAAGAAAACACCAUGAAAGAGGAGCUUGGUGGUGAGGAUUUGGAGAUGGAGAUGAAAAUAAAUUACUACCCACCAUGCCCACAACCAGAACUUGCUUUGGGAGUAGAACCUCAUACUGACAUGAGUUCAUUAACUCUUCUUGUGCCCAACGAAGUUCCAGGGUUGCAGGUCUACAAAGAUGGUCAUUGGGUAGGCGUAGAAUAUGUUCCUAAUGCUAUCAUUGUCCAUAUUGGAGAUCAAUUGGAGGUUUUGAGCAACGGAAAGUACAAGAGUGUUUUACAUCGUAGUGUGGUAAGCAAAGAUAAAGUGAGAAUGUCAUGGCCAGUAUUUUGUUCCCCCCCUGCAAAUAAAGUUAUCGGCCCCAUAAAAGAGCUAAUUGAUGAGAAAAAUCCUCCCCUGUAUAAUGCCAAGACUUUUGCAGAGUUUAAGCAUCGGAAGAUCAACAAGUUGAAGCAAUGAAUGUAAAAGCAUAACAAGCUGGAUCAGGGAAGGAAAUAAUUAUGUUUGACUUAAGCAAGUCUAAAUUGCAUUAAAAGCUAUAUUGAGAAUAGUUAAUAUGGAUGAGGUUUUUAUUUGUGAUGACCUAAAUAAGACGAUUUAUUAUUCA